UUAUUUUUCAUUCUUCAAAGGCUAAGAAGACACUAUAUAACCUCUGAAGGAUGGGUUCCCCUCUGUUCUCAGUCCUCUAAGUGUUCCGCUUGAGAGCGACUCAAGUAGCAUUUCACCAAAGUCACAAUGCGAUUCUGGAAUGCCGUGAUCCCACUCGCUCUACUCCCCAUUGUCGCAGCUGAUUUCCACCUUACCCUGGUCGCUUGUGCUGAACCUGAGCUCCCCCCCGAUGCAACAGCACUGCUACAUUGGGAGAUUCUCCCGGCGAACCAAGACAGCCACAUUUGCCACACAACCCGUCCGAACACCUACUUCCCCAAGAGGGGCGUCCCAAUCGGGUCAAAAAUAUACUCUUCACCUUGCGGUGGUAACAUUACAAUUUCCGAUCGGCUUGACGAGUGGUUCAGCGAUGAUGGAAAGAACGGAACGUGCUGGCCUGUUAUGUAUGAUGGUGGCAUUGGGCAGAUGACGUCGUGCCCUAUAGAAAAAUCCCAUUGGUGCAUGGUCUUUGAUGUGCGCUUUUGCUCGUCCGAUUACUGGUGUAAAGGACGUAACGGAGGCGGCUAGGAGUCACCAAAGAAGAAAUUCCUGAGAUUUGUUUGUCUUCUGCUUGAAAUGAUCAGUUUAAUCUUCAGUAGUAAUUCAGGGGUUGCAUUCGCGCGCCGGAAAUGGAGAAUGGCCCUCAUGAGUCUAGUC